AUGGGUAGGGCAACCGGUUACCGUUUGUGCGAUAGCAUGAUCGGGUUGCAAGUGUACGGGUCCUUGAUUCCGUGCCCUCGCUCUCCCCCCUCUCUUUCCGUCGCCCUCGCUCUCUUCCCUCCCUUUCCGUCGCCCUCGCUCUCUCCCAUCCCUUUCCGUCGCCCUCAUUCUCUCCCCUCCCUUUCCGUUGCCCUUGCUCUCUCUCAUCCCUUUCCGUCGCCCUCGUUCUCUCCCCUCCCUUUCCGCCCCUCGCUCUCCCCCCUCCCUUUCCGUCGCCCUCGUUCUCUUCCCUCCUUUUCCGUCGCCCUCGCUCUCUCCCCUCCCUUUCCGCCGCCCUCGCUCUCUCCCAUCCCUUUCCGUCACCCUCGUUCUCUCCCCUCCCUUUCUGUUGCCCUUGCUCUCCCCCCUCCCUUUCCGCCGCCCUCGUUCUCUCCCCUCCUUUCCCGUCGCCCUCGCUCUCUCCCCUCCCUUUCCGUCGCCCUCGUUCUCUCUUCUCCCUUUCCGUCGCCCUCGUUCUCUCCCCUCCCUUUCCGUUGUCCUUGCUAUCUCCCCUAG